CUUACGUAGUUGUGGCAUUUUUUUCAGUCGCGUGUGUAAGGCGCGCGCGGCUGUCGUUUACUAACUUUAAUUUUCUUUUCCGAUUAUUUUUUCCCUUCGAGUUUCCCGCGCUCUACAUUUAUUUUUUUCAGGCUUUAACAAAACCUGCAAAGACUUAAAAACUGUGUGUGAAUUUUUGUGCGUGUUUAAUUGGAUUUUGUGAUAAGAAUUUGUGACUUUGUUGACAUUUUUGUUUUGAGUUUGGAUGUCUAAUCAAAGGACGUUAAGACUGAAACUGCAUCUGUCAAGCUAGGAUGUGAUUGGAACAUUAAAACUUGGUUGGGCUUGCACAAAGUCGCGGUAAUCGGAGAGAGAUGACUACUGCGAUGGCGGCGCACCAGGAAUCGAUACACGAGAGACUACAGGCUGGCCCGGAGGAACCUCUGUACCUGCACCACGCGGCGUCCUGGACCACCGACAACUCCGACCAUCAGGAGGACCACAGCGCGGACAUGUCGCCCUACUACAACCUCCCAAAGAGAAACAAGAGGAAAAACUUCAAACCGCGAUGUGCUCCCAACGCUACCACCUUCUCUGAUGACUCCAACGGCGCUAACGGUGAUGCAGAAAGCCCAGUCAACGGCAACGAUCGAACCACCCCGGACCGAGCCGCAGAAGAAGAAAACGAGGAGAGCUACGCUAAAAUUGGGAUUAAAAACUUUAGCCUUCUCAAAGCCGGAGCGGUCGAUCUCAGUCGAAGAUUGAGUGCAGAUUCGAAUGAAAAUGCAGAGGCAAAUUAUGACAAUAACGAGCGAGAUAAAAAAGAAAGCUUUCAGCGGUCGUAUUUACACAGUUUACAAAUGAACCAGGACGCUGAGAGAGAACAGACUGUUCUUAAUUUUAGUAAUUUACAAAAUAAAAGUUUUUGUGCCAAAAACCCUUUUGCUAUAUCUCAGUUAAUCAAAACGAAUUCCCCACCUAGAAGAAGGGAUUCCGAUUCGGAAGAUGAUAGUAAAAGUCAAGACAUUAAUGCUAACGAGAGAAGAGAAAGCCAGGAGGCUGUGGAUACUAGUGAGACUCAACAGAACGGUGACGCUUCUGGUGCAACUAAUAAAAUUCUAAGAGACUAUGCUAUGAACACAAUGAAAGAACUUUUAGGGAUUUAUGGUUUAUCAUCAAAUGAAGUAGCUGAUGCUAUAAGUGGCCAAAUCAGAGCUUUGGAAGCUCUUCAAGGAAAACCAUUCACCCAACUACCUCUAAGCCUGAAAAGGCGUCAUGACUCAAUUGACGGCGGAGACAGGACCCUUCGGCGGUCAUCAUCGGCUACCGAAGACGAAGGAUCCACUAAUAUCACACCACCGAAAACACCAGAUAACGACAUUGAAGCUCAAAGGCAAAGAGCACUGCAAAUUCUUAAUCAUCAAUCUAUGAGGCUGUUCAACAGAAAUCAUGAGGAAGACGGUAGCGGGUCUGAAGAAGGAGAGCAAACUCUCGACCUCAGCGUAUCUAGAGAAGAUGGCCAGGAGCUAUCUACAACUUCAAGUGCUGCUAACAGUGUAUCUGAAUUUGAACAGCAGAAUAUACUUAUGAGGAAGAACCUAGAAGAUUUAGCAAAUUUACAAAUGCAGAACUUCUUCCAAAAACAAUCAAUGAUGGAUGCUGAUGACUCACAAGAAAGAAAACUUCAAGCUAGUGGUCUGCUGUCCGCGUUGAAUCAUUUGGAUCAAGCCCGGAAGAAUUCUUUGCAGACGACCGUCGAUUAUUCUAGAUACGUAAAAAGAUACAGCUCAACGUUAGAAUGUGGUUCAUCGUACUGCAAGGAUCUGGGCUACAGGGAGCAUUUUCACUGCAUGGACUGCACUGGCCGUGUUUUUUGCAAGAAGGAAGAGAUGAUACGGCAUUUCAAGUGGCAUAAGAAACGUGACGAAUCCCUGGCCCAUGGGUUUAUGAGAUAUUCCCCUCUCGACGACUGCUCGGAACGUUUCAGUGACUGCCCUCACAACCGGAGUCAAACCCACUACCACUGCAUACAAGAUGGUUGUGAUAAGGUUUACAUAUCAACGUCCGAUGUGCAAAUGCAUGCGAACUACCAUCGCAAGGACUCAGCUAUCCUCCAGGAGGGCUUCCAAAGAUUCCGUGCGACGGAGAGCUGUGCAGCACCACACUGCAUCUUCGCUGGACAAAGAACCACGCAUUUCCAUUGCAGAAGACCUGGCUGCACUUACACCUUCAAGAACAAGGCUGAUAUGGAAAAACACAAGACCUACCACAUCAAAGACGAGGCUUUAUCGAAAGACGGAUUUAAGAAGUAUAUGAAGAACGAAGCAUGUCCCUACCGCGACUGCCGCUUCAGCAGAACCUGCAAUCACAUCCACUGCAUCCGACCACACUGCAACUAUGUUCUGCACUCAAGCAGCCAAAUAUUCACCCACAAGAGGAAACAUGAGAGGAAGGAACAGGAAAUGAGUUUUGGGCUUCCAACGUCGGUGAUCCAGAGCGCACUGAUGCAACAAGGUGCAGACCUCAGCCUCUACUCCCCUGGCAGCAAUCUCCAUGGAGACGAGGACAUGUCCAAUUCCAUGGGUGAAGGAGACUUUCCUUAUCCAUUUAACCCAGCUCUGGUAGAAGAAAUCUCCAGGAAAUACAUUGAGACUUUCAACGGCAGCAAGGACGUAGAAGAUAAAUGCCAUAAGUGCAGCGCUUUGAACAAACACUAUCAUUGCUUGGCUGACAACUGCAAAAUGGCUCAUAGCUGCCACAAUACCAUGGUAAAGCAUGUUUUGGAGCACGAACAACAAAACCAAGUGACUGAUGCUUAUUUCGUGACGUACACGAGAAACAACCCAUGCAACAACUCAGCUUGUCAGCACAUUAGGGAUAUCACACACUAUCAUUGCACCUGGGAAAAUUGCGGUGCUGUAAUACUUUCCUCAGAGGAGCAUCCAUUCAGACGUCUUGAGCAUCACCGGCAACAUGCGAUUUUGAGUCCUAUGUCUCCGAAUUUAGCGGCGAGAUUCGCACCCAACUUUACCCCGCAGUUAUCAGCACAAUUGCACCCGAACAUGGCAGCGCAACUCGGACAAGUUACCAAUUUGCCUAAUCUGCCGCCAAAUCUCGCGCAAUUGGCCCAAAUGGCGCCAAAUCUGACUUCUCAAUUAGCGCCUAAUUUGCAAGCACAAUUAAACAUGGGACCAAGCCCUGGCAUUGUGCCACAGCAAAUAAAUCCAUCGAGCUCGUUGGACGAAAUGUUCAGUAGGAAGCGAGGAAGACCUCCGAAGAAUAGAGUUGUCGAAGUCUGGACUGACAACGUAAGUGUUACUCCUCAGGCAAUUUUCACAUCGUUCAAGCUGCCCAAGAGCAACCAAAUGCCACAGAUGCCACCAGUAGUACAAUCGCCUGUUAUCCCCACCGUUGAAGAGUUUCCGCGUAUACGCUUCCAACAUUUUGAAGUUUUCACAACCCCAGAUGCGUGCAGUCAAUAUUAUUCUAACUGCAAUUUGCGGGGAACUAGACUUCAUCUACACUGCUUCUACUGCAGUUUUGCUGGCGAAUCGCACGUGGUCAUGGAAUCACAUAUGCGAGACUCACACUCCAUAAGCCCAUUCUUGGAAGGAUUCGACUAUUUCGUAUCCUUCGAACAGUGUGGUGGAAAAAGUUGCUUCAAAAAUCAACUUCGCUCGCAUUUCCAUUGCGCACAAGGAAAUAACUGCCCAGCAAUUCUAACACAAUACUCAGCAUUGGCUACCCACAAACAUGGAAGAGGCACUCCAGUGAUUAAAACUGAAACUGAGCAGGAGAAAUCUUUUGAUGAAGCCAAAGAUUAUUCGAUUAAGGAGAGAGCUUCGGCUGAUAGCGUUAGUUCAAUGAGGGAAAGUGCUGAAACAUUUACUCCCACUAACUUCUCAAUCAAAAGUGAAUUUGAGAAAGAUCAAGAUAAUGUUUCGGUAGUAAAAGCUACGGGAACAUUUUACCCUUCUUCUCAUCUGCGAAGCAAUACAUCUUCACCGAGAAGCAUUUAUGAUGCAUCACCAUCUAAAGACAUGAAGAGGAUGGAAUUUGAUCAGAAGAAACCUUUCGAGACCCCGAAAAUGACGGGACCUACUAUACCACCAUCCUGUCAUGACAGAGCUUGUCCUUUGAAUAAAAAUACCGGUGGUAUGAAUCUACAUUAUCACUGUCCACACUGCAGUCAAGCGUAUGUGGACCUGAAGUUAUUGUUCAGUCACAUGGUUAAGAAGCACAGUAAUGCAAUGGAGCCUGGACCCGUUGGAUUACAAGCCACAAAGGUAAGAAUUAGUGAGACUCUGGAGAGAGAAUAUCCAGAAAUAUCUAUUUUGCCCUCUACAGCGACUUCAUCUACUGCUCAAACGCCCAAUCCUGGUCAAAGACCUCCUAAUCCAGCAGAUCAGGUUCAGGCUGUUCAAAGUCUUCUUCUACAACAAUACUUAGCUGGUGGUCGCAAAGGUUCUCUUCAAGAUCAGCUAAAAAUGCAGCAACAAUAUACAGCUUCUCUUGCUGGUCUUCCUGGCUUAGCUCAAGUCGCGUUAUUACAAGGAGGAUCUCCAUUCUCGCUAUAUCCACCUAUGCUGUACCCACCCGAGUUAUUACUGGAACAAAGUCUCCUCCAAGGUCAUGGUCUUCCGCCAGGUCUUGAUAAGGAAGCAGAAAUGAUUGCAAAGUCCAGACGUACGGUACCUAGAGGCCCCCACGUCCGCGCCUUGAAGGAUGAACCUAUCCCUGAAGGCUACCUCCGCUUCCGGUUCAACGAAGACUGCGCAUAUCAACAGUGUGGAUACAGGGAACACCAAACUCACUUCCACUGCACUCGCAAAGACUGCGGCUACUCUUUCUGUGAUAAAACUAGAUUCGUGCAGCACACAGCCAGACAUGAGAGAUUGGACACACUUAUGGGUGGUGACUUCCAGCAAUACAGAGCGAAUGUUUAUUGCCAAAGAGCGCAAUGUCCACAUGCAUCUACAUUCGGUACUGGACAAAACAAGGCGUCCCACUUCCACUGUCUUAAGUGUGACUUCGUGUGCACCGACACCAACAAGGUGGUGGCUCAUCGCCGGCAGCAUCAGAAGCUGGACUCCAUCCAGGCGGCUGGCUUCAACAAGUUUCCGCCUAGCAAAGAAUGCGGCUACGAGCCUCAGUGCAUCCACAGCAAGAAACAAACCCACUACCACUGCCUCAUGUGUGGCUUCGCAGUGCUGGGCCUGUCUCAGAUGACGUCACACAAGUACAAACACCAGGAGCACCAGGAAGCGAACCUCGGACCAUCCACCAGCUCAACCAACUGACCCUAUACAUAACCGUAGCAUAGCAAACUGAAGCUUACUACAUAUGUGAUAAAGUCUACAAUUGUAUAUCACGACAACUGAAAUGUGUUCAGAGACAUAUUGUAUACGACAGAUGUGAAUAAGAAUUAAGAAUUCAAUCAAUGUGUAGUCCCUCAAAAAUCGUGCCUUAGAUGCAAAAUAGUUUCAGAAUAUAUUUUAUCUAAAGGCAACAUUUGUGCCAAAAUUCAUAAAGAUGACUUUGUAAAUUGUUGAUAAUGAAAGAAUACGUAUAGACACGAUGAAAGUGUAUAUAAAUUAAUGUAACUUUCAUAAUGCAUUUUAUAAUAAACAUGAAAGUUUAAAGUUAGAAAUGUGUUUUAUGUAAGUGCAUGUUAAAGAGUGUAUCCUAAUCCUGACCAAUUUAGGUGAUAGUUUAUAUAAAAGUAUUUAUAUUUAUUAAUUUCCCUUAAAAGACAUUUUUACGAAUAGUAUUACUAAUUAAGGAUUCGUAAAUUUAUAAAGGCAAAACUGGGUUCUGAACACCAUUUUGUGCCUCGGAGGUAAAAUUAUGACAAUAUUAAACUAUACUUUGCAAAUGGUUCCGAUGUGAAGAAAUUAUAAAAGAAAAAAAUAUAUCACUAUGAAAGUAACUUUAGAAAUAAAACUAAUCGUAAAAAAUUGAAAGUCUUUCAUCGGAAUCAUUUCCAAUAAAAUAGAUUAAAAAAUUAUAUGAAUCAAAAGCGUAUUUAAUGAGAGAUUUGUGUCAAUUUUAUAAAUUGUAAAUAAGAUAAGAUAUAUAAACAAAUAUGUUAAAAAUAUUGUUAAACUGUAUAAAAAAUCUCGAUUGGACAUUGUACAUUUGUACCGUGAGGUAGCCAUUUUAUGCCAUAAAACGAUUUAGUUGUAACAUGAUUUUCUGAAUCAGUAUUAGUGACAUCAUCGACCUUAGCAUUCCUGUAAUAUUCCCGUGUCCAUUCCCGUAUAGAUUUAGUUUCAAUAUCCAGGUCCUAGCUUUUAUCAGUAUUCUAGUAGUUUAAGUCCUACUCUUGUUCCUAUUCUAUCUUUUAUUCUUUGAACCAAACUUUACUGUAAUUUUAAUUUAUAAUUUUUUAUUCUUAGAUGAAGGCCGUGCCAUACAUAUUUAGUCAACAUUCAUUUUGCAAUUUUUCUUUUUUUUCUUUUGGUUUGUUUCAAAAUUUUACAUUCUACAUCAUAAUCAUUUUUAUAAUAUAAAGAUUAAAGCUAUGUAAGACCGCACUUUAUAAUGAAAGUCUUUCAUUUUAGAAACAAAAAAUGACAACAUUAUUACCUUGAUUCGUGUUAUAAUUCAUUACAAUGUUUAUUGAUUGUUUAUUUUAUAAAAUGGACGAAUAUAAAAGUAAAUCAAUCACACGACACGAUAGCAAUUAACUGUGAAACUGAAAGCAUUAAUUGAAGUGUCGGAAAAUUUUAAUUUAAAUAUUUAACGGAUACAUUGGGCUAUGAAAAUUAAAUUUUUAGGCUAUAAAAAUUGAAUUUUCGGCACACAACUCGUACUUUUACACCUGUUUUUUAAUAGUUUGUUAAUUUUUAUUUACAUUCUAAAUUUAA